AUGCGGAUGGUGUCGGAGCUCGCGGAGGAAAGCCUCCGCCUAGGGGACAUGGCGCGGCCCCGCUGCUUCGACCUGACGAAGGCUCACCGUAACGGUCUUGGGCGGCAGACGCACAAGUGGGGAAUCACGGUGGCGCGCCGGGGGGCCAGGUCCAGCAUAUGCACAUGCAUGGAUCGGAGGGCCGUGGGGCGCACGAGCAGCAGCACCAAGCGAGAUUCGUGCUGCAGUAGUUGGGCUGAUGCUGAGUGGAUGGUCAUCCAAUAG